AUGUCGUCCAGGAUAAUUGUCUCUGCAGGAGUCUCUCGGGAGCUUGUGUUCGACAACGUGGUUACGACCGGCAGCUCCAUAAGCUCGCUCACUCAGCCAUUGUUGUCCCCCUCCUCAAGCUCGUCAACUCCGCCAUUGUCGUCCUCCCCGAGCUCGUCAAUUCCGCCGCUGUCAUCCAGCUCGGCCUUAGUGUAUGAGGCGCUCACGAACAGAAUUUUCGUCUCAUCCGCCACCACCUCGCUCGGUUACUUGAGCAUUAUUACCAUGGUGCGGGCGGCGACCUCGACCAGCUCAGCAACAGCAACAUCAGUACCGGUCGGUGCCAUCAUCGAAGGCAUCGGAGGCGGGCUUGCUGCACUGGCAGUUCUGCUGUUCGCGAACGUCAGUCCCCGGCAUGGGGUUCAUGUAGUCCAAACAUGCGCAAUCUACGCGAUGGGCCUCAUAAGCUUCCUGCUACCGGGUAUCACUUCUUGGCCCAGCAAAUGA